AUGAACCCACACCAACAGAACAAGGUUGAUAUCGGCGUCAGUUUCCCUCCGGCUUCCUCAUUAGAAACCAACGUUACUGAGUCGAUAACUGAUACAAAACAGUCACUCAGCCCCGACGAGCAACGAUUACUUCGUCUUUAUGGCAAAGUACCUACCAAGAAAGAUCUCCUGCAGAAUAAACUCAAGGAACGAAAAUACUUCGACUCUGGAGACUAUGCCCUCAGCAAAGCUGGUAAAGCCUCCGACGUUGGCGUCACCAGCAUCGGCUCUCGUCACCCCGUUCCCGAAAACAUCCCUCAUUUAACAGCCACUUCCCCCGGCGCCCAGAACCCAGCUGCUGCCACUCCCGGGGCUGGUAUUGUCAACGGCGGCGGCAAUAAUAAUGUCAGCAACGUCGUUGGCUCCCCGGGACCCAUCCCCGGCAGCAUCAGCGGUCAUCCGGGCUCGCUUGGAUUCCAGAACCGCAAUCCCAUGAAAGAAGGCGGGUUCGUGCAUCGCAAGUCUAGUUUGAACAAUCAUGAUGAAUAUUCCGAAGGAAAGGACGGAGAAGCAGGAAAGACAAGCGAUAAAGAUGAAGGAAGCAUUAGUCCCCCGCCAGCUAGACAGGGCGUACACAUUCGACAAUAA